AAGUCUGAUGGAAAUCCACAUAUGCUGUUUGAAAUCCAUACAUUGCCAGAUAAAUCAGAUGUAUGGUUGAUUAGCAUUAAUGAGACCAGCCAUCACAUACACUGUAGUCCCAUCACAUCCAGCACUGCAUCAGUUGCAUCUAUUACCAUGCACUUGCCUGCCGUCCCAGCCUUUGCAUCUGCAUACGGGAAAGAAGCGAAGGGAGUGGAUGUGUGUGCCACCCCUUCCCCCAUCCUCCCGAGCAGAGAGCAGCGGCGCACGGGCGUGUGUCCAUCGGCUCACCGUUAUGGCAAAUGAAGCGGCUGAAAACAGGGGAGGAACUGGAACCGCGCGCGAUGCCAACCUCACCUCGUCCCUGGAGCUGAGCUCGUCCCUGGACCACAGCGUGCAAACGAGGAUUUUUAAGAUCAUCGUCAUCGGCGACUCCAACGUGGGCAAGACGUGCUUAACCUUCCGAUUCACCGGCGGGUCCUUCCCGGACAAAACGGAGGCCACGAUCGGGGUGGAUUUCAGGGAGAAAGCGGUCGAGAUCGAGGGCGAGAAGAUAAAGGUGCAGGUAUGGGACACGGCGGGUCAGGAACGCUUCCGCAAAAGCAUGGUGGAGCACUACUACCGCAACGUGCACGCCGUCGUCUUCGUCUACGACGUCACCAAAAUGGCUUCGUUUGAGAACCUGAAGACCUGGAUCCAGGAGUGCAACGGGCACCGCGUGUCGCCCUCCGUGCCCCGCGUCCUUGUGGGCAACAAAUGUGACCUGGUGGACCAGAUCCAGGUGCCUUCCAACACUGCCCUCAAAUUCGCCGAUGCCCACAACAUGCUGCUUUUCGAGACGUCGGCCAAAGACCCCAAGGAGAGCCAGAACGUGGACUCCAUUUUCAUGUGCCUGGCCUGUCGUCUGAAGGCCCAGAAGUCGCUGCUGUAUAGAGACGUGCAGAGGGAGGACGGGAGAGUGAGGCUUAGCCAUGAACCCGAGCAGAAAAGCACCUGCCCCUGCUGAGGACCUUUACUGUGAAGUCCGCCGACUCCCGUAACGAUUUUCUCCUACGUUCCACCCCUGUUCGGUCGGAAGAGGAACUAACGGUGAUAGCUGCAAAGAUAGAAUGUGCCUGCAACUAAUGACGUUUUACCUUUAGUGGUGACUGUUCCGUGAGCCUUGUGUUUGCUUGGUUUGUUUGUCCGUGUGUUUGCUUCUCUGUUUCUGGUUUUAUCUUGUCAAUCACAGUGUCACCGAAAAACGUUUUGUACGUUUAAGGAUAUUAUCCACAGGCUAUAGUGACAUUCACCGUUCAGUUUAUUGCAUACGCCUUCUUACCCACUGCCUUUCAUCCAGAUUUCCAGUCACUCAGCUGUACGGACCACCUAUUUUGGAUUCAUCUUCCAGCAUACAAUCAACUCGAGAUUAUUGAGCGCAAUAAGACAUACCAUACCUAGCCUGAUUAUUUAUCUCAAGCUCGAUCUAUGUGCAGUCAGGAACUGCAUAUAAAUGGAUUCACUGGCCUAAAGUAGGUAUUGCAUGAGCUGUGUACUUAAUUGCACAUGGGGGCUUUCGUGACAGCCAUUCAGAUGUGUGUAUGCCUUAAUAUUUGGAACUUAAUGUUAACAAUAUGCAUUUGUAGCCAUGCAAUAUCUCCCACCUUUCUUUCUACAAUAGCAAAAUAAUCACUAGUCCUGAAAAAGUGCAUGUUGUAUUAUCAUGAUUGUUGCCAUGUGCGCAAGGCCGUGAAUUGAUGUUCGGAAAGCCGAAUUUCCUUUAGCGUAUUCCAAAAAAGGUUCUUUUCCACAUUGAAUAUGUGAGGUUGAUAAGGAUGCAAGGCUUUCCAUAGCAACUUCCAACCCCACCUGACUGGUUUAUCACUAAUGUCAUACCGUUUUAAUAUUUCAGCAAAUCAAAGAGGUUCUUCCUCUUUAUGUACCGAGUCUACAUGAAACAGGGCUCUUCAGAUUUUAAGCAGUUUUAUCAAAAGCAUCAGAAAAAGGCUCGAUUCUGUGUCAGGUAAGAGGUUGCUGUGGUCAAAGUAAUGCUUCAGGAUGAAGUCUGCUGCUGGUGUGGAGACAGAAAACAAGCCGGUUAUGAAAUGAACAGUGCUGUGUCGACUGCCAUAGUGAUUAUACACACUCAGCCAGACUCUCGAUGUUAUUAAGCCAGUAUUCUUUCCUUUUUGAUGUCUUUCUUUGUACCUGUUCACAUCUCGAGUUGCCUGGGCAUUUUUUGUCUUUCUUGUGUGUUCUUCAAUAUAUAAGGAAGGCGCUUCUCCUUACUACUUGUCACGCUUUUAAACUUCAGCAUCUGCAGUGCAACAUGAUCCUGUACCUAUGUCCAGUUUUGAGCUCCAAAUUAAACCUCCCACCGUGUGAUACA